UGGUUGCACUCGGGUUCUCCUGUCGACUUGUUUUUCAAUAGUAAAUCACAGGCAGUAUGCCCUAUUUGAAAACAUGCAAUGAGGGUACGAGCAACACUCCCCAAACUUGGCAUGACUCAUCGCCAUCUUGUAUUCAUGAUCUUACCUCUAUUGGUCACAAAUGCAUAGCAUAGGAUCGAGUGGAUCGGCACCCAAUAGGCCAGAUUUUCCUAUCUUUGAUGUUAGAAGUGAUUCCAAUCUAUUUUUCUAUAGUGAUAGUUCACACAUUAGCAAUUAGCACUGCCUCAAAGCAAACAUAGGAACUAGGGAGUUCAUCGAGAGAAAGUCCCUUUAGUUUCGUACUUCCCUGUUUCGGAUUUGCAUAUGUCUUUAAUCGCAAUAGUUGUAGAGAAAUCCCUCAAUCACGGGACAAUCCUCCAGGGCAAAGGUACUUCCAAAGCUCAGAAGGUUCAUCUGUGCAUGAAAGGAAUGAAACAAAUUCCAUAGAAAAAAUAGGAAAAUCCCCACCGAGAUCGGUACCUAUCUAGAUCCCCAGCUUCGACAACAAAACUCCUUCGCAUUUUGCGACCAUUCCCGCGAGGACUACGAUUCGGAUUAUCUAAUGUCAUCCCCAAACAGAAUUACACCUCUUAAGAGGAAGGGACGGCCCUCUAUCCGGUGUGGGUUCCUACGAAUUAUUGUCUGGUUCCGGAUCCAGGUCCCUCUGCCCUUGCUUUUUGUUAUUCCAUAGGGGUAUGGAUUGAAGUAAUCACUAAUCCAGGAAAGAUGGAUCUUUAGCUAGAAAAACGAAAAGCCAAUACGCCAUGUAUCAAAACAAUAGGGAUAGGGGUAGUUGUAUACCACCUACGAAUAGGAAGAUCCUGGGUUUUGUAAGAAAACUACGAAUAGGAAGAUCCUGGGUUUUGUAAGAAAUCCAAUUUCAUCAAUUCUAAGCACGGUAACGGCAGUGCUCCUAUCCAACGGCCGGGGAUCUAUUCGAUUUCUCAAUUUGCUAAUGCCGAUAAGCUUAGGUUGUUAUUUCAUCGUCUUGCGCUAAAAAGGCACCCUCCUAUUAUGCUAACAAAGGGACGGAUAACGGCAAAGCGGAACAGCAAUAGCGAAAGCAGGUACAGUAACGGCGCAAUCCCUAAAAAAAGAAUCAAAAUAGAGAAAUUUAGAGCGUUGCGAAUUUCCUUCUUUUGAUAAUGCUACCCACACAGUCACGGCUCCUAUCCGGUCACCGGGUUAAACAAUUGAUUCCUCUCAACGCAUCCCCGCGGUAAAGAGCUAGUCGUAUUCUUUUGAUAAUUCUCUAGUUGUAUUCAAGCAAGAGUCCUCGGCAUCCUACGAAAACAAGCGCUAGGAAUAUCAAUAGCGUUAGCGUUAGCGUCCUGGCCUUUGCUUGGGGAUUCCUCUAUGGAAUUCCAAACAUGCCAUUGCUUUGCCUUUGCUCGUCCCUUUGAUUCAAUCCUUCUUCUCCUCGAAAGCUACAACUAGAAAAUAUAUUCUUCUUUGCCGGUGCGAACCCUUCUUUUGAAUAACAACCAUUGGCAAGACCAGCGAAAUCCGAAUACUAAUCCGAGGAAAGCCCAUCCCUACUUCCCUUUGCUGUUGUUCCUCGAAAUCCUCUACUAGUCAUUGGUUUCAAAGCAAAGGUAUCCGGUAUAGGGGGUCGUGGGCAGGUUAGUGUUUCAUUUCGAUAGGUGAUAGUGGUAUACCCAAACCAUAUGGUAUAGGUCUUGGAAAGGAAAGUAAAUCAAGUCCAUCUUACAGGAUUUCUUCACUUGCUUGGGCUUAAGCGGUACCAGUACCCGGAGAAUAGUUCAAUUCUCUUUCUCCACAUGACACCCUUGUGUUGUCAAACUAAUGAAUCCCUCUCCGCCCCUGCUCCGACAAAGCAAUAAGCACUAGGGUAUCCACCCACCCGCCAGUUCGAAUAGCCGGUUUCCUCCCCUUCCGCUCAAGCUAAAGGUUCUGGGCUACGGCUUCCGGUUCCGUAUUCCGAUUCGUCUUCGGAUAGCAUUAGAAAAUCCCUUUCAUGCCUUGCCAAUACAACUAUUAUUUUUCUUAGCCGAGGAGCCUUUGGAAGUACCGUUGUUGGAUCGGAUUGAGCCAUUAUAGGAUCGGAUAAAGAUUCACUCUUUGCCAAUGCCUGCUUCCUUGGUUUCCUACUUUCUGCAUCGAAAGUGACUUUUUGCUCAGUAUCGAGAACCACUUCUUCUCCUUUUCGAGGCGUAGAUCGCCCGUCAUCUGAUUUGCUUCGUCAAAGCGGAUAGCAUUAUGGAAUUGAUUAUAUUCGUAGAAAAAGCACCCCUAUUUAAUAAGUCCUCGGAAAUGAUCUCAUCCAGUACUUCUCUCAGCCUAUUUGCCAAGACUUUGGAGCAUAGCUUGUAAAUGACAUUGCACAAAGAUAUCGGCCUAUACUGUGAUAUUUCUUGGGGGUUCUACUGUCAGCAAGUGCACUAUUAUUUACUUCACCGCGUACUUAAAGAAUUGUUGGUAGCAAAGAACAGCACCUGAUAGAAAGGAUGCUAACCAAGCCUCUUCUGUUUAAGCAAGGCUAAGCCAGAAUAAGGGGUACAGUAGGCUGGUGACCCUGACGAUAGCACUAAGACUGCCUCGGGAAUCUCCUCAAUCGUUGAAGAGUGCCUCGGGAAUUGAAUAAAAGCACUGAUAUCCAUAUAAUCCUACAAUUAUGCUCUAUUCUCUUGAAGAGAAGACACUUGAACUUCGUCAUGUGCUAUUGAUCCUUUUGAACCUAAAUUCACAUUGGCAUUCUAAUCUUUGAUUAUUUCUUAAUAAAUUCGACCCGGAAGGCUUUUUAGCUGAACAUAAGGAGUGGUGUGCGGACCCACAGGCAGUUACCAAUAUAUCAUUAGAUUAGUUAAUUCCCACGCGCCAAACAGGCGUCACCACACUGCCUCCCAAAGGCUUCUUUUAGGCUUCCCCGCCACAUCACACGCUUGCUUGCUUUUGCUAAUCCGAUCCAGAAAAAACGAACAUUCUCCCACGUGCUUCGGGCCUUGCAAUAGCAGUAGAUGCUACAGACGUGGUGUCAUUAUCAGCGAUUCCUCAAUCGAUCAGAAGAAAGGGAAUAUAACCUGCCCCUCAUUGUCCUUCAAUCAUGGUGCAAUGAAUAUCGUAGAUAGAGUGAUUUCGAUCUCAUAUAGCUAGCUUUCCUUUCAAAGUGAAACGAUUUUCCUUUUACGUUGAGAUAUUUGAAUUGGAUUUUAUUUCACCACUACUAUCGUAACGCACAGAAAACACUGACGUUUCCGCUCGCUUUCAACCACUGCCACUUUACCUGAGCACUGUGACGCAGUCGGUCAAGUAUUGAGUUUCUGCUAGUAUAUCAAGGACUUAUGAGAACUGAAAAGAAAAAAACGAAAAAAGGAAUUCUCAUAGUUCAUUGAAUUAAGGGAGGGCCAUUCGUGGGGGGUUCGUGGAAGAGUUGGGUUCGAUUCCCUUUAUACGCGAUGUGGCGAAAAAGACUGAUUCAACGAAAUAUGCCAUGCCAGCAUUAAGAUUUAAAACGUGUCGUCUACUUCCAGGAAAUGUUCGGAACAGAGAACUUUCUCUAAUCCAACGCCGUAUUCUCCGAAGAUUGAGGAACAAGAGGAGAUCCAUUAAAAGAAAUCUUUCUCGGAGAGAAAAUCUAAACAGUAACAUCAAAUCACAAACUACACGAAAGUUGUCUCUUUAUUAUGGGGAUUUACCCAUAAGGGAGAUGCACAGAGGAAGAGAACGAACUUCAUAUAUCCCUUUUUUACUCAAUCAAGAAACAAGAUCGGACGUGAUUCCGGUUCGUCUCCAUUUUAGUGACACUCUUCCUCAAGCAAGGCAGCCGAUAAGUCAUCGAAGGGUUUGUUUGAAUAAUGGACUGGUAACCAUUACUCAUUUGAAAGUUUCCCACGGUGAUCUAAUAUCUUUUAAAGAAAAUGACGCGAGAACCCGCGGUUUUGAAAUAAGGAGAUCUUUCUAUAUCGACAUAUCAGUUGGAAAAAUCAUAGGCAAAUUCCUAUCGGCCAUAUCAGUUGGAAAAAGAAGAGGCAAAUUCCUACCGGCCAGAAUCUGGAGAAGAACAAAAAAAGAAUGGUUCCGCUUACUCACAACUCAGAGGGGAUGCCGCUUACUACUCAAAUCCAAGGAAUUGCAAAAGUUGCGUUCUUAUAUGCAAGAAGAAGACUUUGAAAGAACAAAGAAGUUUGGAUCCGCAAAAGUAUGCUUAGGCAGUUCCUUCGCUGAGCACAACAGAAUGAAGAGGAAUUUGUUUCAUUUCAAAUACUUCUUCUUAUUGAAAAGAGGGAAGGAGAAAAACCGAAAUCUUCCUACUCGAACAAUAAGUCCUUUUGUAGAAAAGUCUUCUUUAUAUAGUAAUUCGACCUAUUGCUCCGGAUCCCCGUUUACUAGGAAGAUAAGAAUCAAAAGGAUCGAACUACCUACUCAUUAUUCGGAGGUGAAUCAUAGAACACUAAAAGCUGUGGUAUCUUAUGGACCUAACAUAGGUCACAUCCCUCACGACAUAAGAUUGAAAGAUCCAAACCUUCCUCUUCGGAGCGGAAACGGACGUGGCCAAAACAUAUAAAAAAAGAUCGGCCUAGUCGCUCAUAGGGACAUAUCUAUCCGGAUAGAGGAUAGUCUAGAUCAAUUUUGAGAAAAAUCUCUCUCUAUAUAGAUAGGUAUCUCUGUGGAUAGAGAUAAAGAUAGGGAUCCCUAUAAAUCGAAAUAUAUGGAAAAAGUGCACUUUUUGACUACUACUACUAUUUCUUAGACUUUUUCAAGGAAACAUCGUUUUUUCGAUUUUGACUGAAUUGGUCGGAGCGUAGACGAGCAAGCAGAGCCCAGGAAAGAGGUCAGAUCGUCAUAGAGCAGUCGACUAUAAGUAUAAGACUGCUGGCCUGAGAGAAGGCAGUCUCUCUCGGGAAACAUGGCCCAAUUUCUCUUCUUUCUUUUCACACGGGCAACAAUUGGGAAUAAAACAGACCAUGAACAUGAGUUUAAAAUGUAAAAAAAAGGGAAGAGUGCAUUCUCCACUUUCUUAUCUCGAAAAUGCGUAAUAUAGUGAUGUCAUGUGUCUGUUUCUCUGAAAAGGUGGGUCGGCCCUUAGGGCAAACAGUAGUGCCAGGUUCCAUUGUGGAACGGUCGUUUGCCGGUGACCUUUGUCCGCUGUAGUACGAGUGACUGGCGCAUCGCAUCCAAUCUCUCAUGUCAAUGAGUCAGUUAGAAAACAGCUCCAAAUGAAUCAGUGAUUUCCCCUUUAUUUCCCUCGGAACCAAGGGGAACAAGACGAGAUUCCGUGUUCACUUAUCGAUUCCAAAAUGAAUCGAAUUCGUGAACUUUAUAACGAUAUUACUCCUCUUCCUUACGGCUCCCCUGUGCCUAGUGAUUUCUCGUGCUCGAUUCAUCCCAUUCUAGUAUAUCUACUCGGCUAUCCUUAGAAAAGUCAAAAGAUAAGGAG